AUGGCCACGCCGCCGCUUCCAAAAAGAAUUAUUAAGGAAACUGAAAGAUUGAUCGCGGAUGCAGUACCUGGCAUUAAUGCCAAACCUCAUGAAGAAAACCUUCGUUACUUUGACGUUGACAUCACAGGACCAGAACAGUCUCCCUUUGAAGGUGGCGUUUUUAAACUUGAGUUGUUUCUUCCUGAAGAAUAUCCAAUGUCACCACCAAAAGUUCGUUUUUUAACCAAAAUAUAUCAUCCGAACAUCGACAAGUUAGGUAGAAUUUGUUUAGACAUUUUAAAAGAUAAAUGGUCGCCGGCGUUACAAAUUCGUACGGUACUUCUCUCCAUACAAGCACUUCUUUCUGCCCCAAACCCAGACGACCCCUUAGCAAAUGAUGUAGCACAACAUUGGAAAGAUAACGAACAGGAAGCUAUUGCAAAAGCUCGCGAAUGGACCCAAACAUACGCUGAGAGGAAAAUGUCUAAGAUUGGAAUUUGA